UUUAAGAAUUCCUCUCCACCCUUUCUUUCUCACGGCUUGAUAUCUUUUUGUUUCAUUCUUCUCUUUCUUUGGCCCCAAACCUUAACACCACAUCAUUCUUUUUCCUCUCCAUCUCCAUCACUUGCUGGUGGGUGAAGUUAGAACUUGACACCUCUCUCUCUCUCUCUCUCUCUCUCUCUCUCUCUCUCUCAAGCCUUUUUAGCGCCACCAUUUCAUGAGCUAAGCUUUUCCUGAAAUCUAGCUCCAACAGAUAAUGGAGAGAGAAACUAACUAUAGAGAACAGAAGAAAAUGAUUUAUUAGGGCUAUAGUUUCAUUUCAUCCACACUCCUCAAACUCUCUUUUUCUUUUCUUCACUUUCCUCUCUUCUCAUUUUCACUAGUAAUCUCCUUGGGAUCUGAUCUCUCUCUCUCUCUCUCUCUCUCUCUCUCUCUCUCUCAGUAGUUUGAGCAAGGAGAGGUUUUAGUUCAAUUCCCAAGGAAAUAACAUUUUCACUUUCCACUUUUUCUUGUCUGUUUUGUCCCCUUGUUCUUUUUAGUACUUCUGUUUUUUUGUCUGUUUCUGUUGGAUUUGACCAAACUACUACAAACUAUACAAAAGAAAGAUUGUGGAUCAAAGAUAGCUUCAACAAUAGUGUUGCAAACAAGGUUUUCAUCAUCAGAUCCACACUUGAAUUCUACUUGGAGAUCUUGCUUCAUCAAAGAUAAAUAUCAAGGCUUGAAAAGCUAAAAGUUUGGUGCUAUACCUGCAGAGCAUCAUUCACUUGAUCAUAACCCUCCCUUCCCAUAAUUACAUUGUAAAAAGUGUGCCCCCUCUAUUGUUUGUCAAAACCUAGUUUAGUUCUAUUCCUUUAAGGAAAUAUAUGACUCAAUCUUUCACAAGGUUUUAUUAUUCUGAGGAGGAACAUGAACACAUUUUCACACGUACCUCCCGGGUUUCGUUUUCAUCCAACUGAUGAAGAACUUGUUGAUUACUACCUUAGGAAGAAGGUAUUGUCUAAAAAGAUUGAUCUAGAUGUCAUCAAAGACGUUGAUCUCUACAAAAUUGAACCAUGGGAUCUUCAAGAAUUAUGCAAAAUAGGAAGUGAUGAACAAAAUGACUGGUAUUUUUUUAGUCAUAAGGAUAAGAAGUAUCCAACAGGAACUCGAACGAAUAGAGCAACAAAAGCAGGAUUCUGGAAAGCAACUGGAAGAGAUAAGGCAAUAUACUCAAAACAAUUCCUAGUUGGAAUGAGAAAGACUCUAGUGUUUUAUAAAGGACGUGCCCCUAAUGGACAAAAAUCUGAUUGGAUCAUGCAUGAGUAUCGCCUAGAAACUAAUCAAAAUGGAACUUCUCAGGAAGAAGGGUGGGUUGUAUGCAGAGUAUUCAAGAAAAGAAUGACAACAGUACAGAAAAUGAGUGAGUAUGAUCAAUCACCAUGUAAUUGGUAUGAUGAUCAAGUUUCCUUCAUGCCUGAUCUUGAAUCUCCAACUUCAACCAAUCCUCACCAAAAUUACACUUCAUCAUACCAUUCCUGCAAACCAGAGCUAGAAUUAAUGCAAUACCAACACCAUAAUCAUGCUAAUUUUAUCCAACUUCCACAUCUUGAAACCUCCAAAAUCACUCAAUCAUCGAUUAUCCCUUAUAAUCAUGCUCAUGCAAACAACAAUAACAUUAAUUCACAACAGAUGCAAUAUUUGCAAUACCAUCAACAAAAUCUUCACUCGAUAUACGGCGGCGGCGGCGGUGGUGGUGGAAGUAUUACUGGUAAUAAUGAUGAACAAGUUACUGAUUGGAGAGUUCUUGAUAAAUUUGUUGCUUCUCAGCUAAGUCAUGAAGAUAAUAAUAAUAAUCAUAAUCAUAAUCAAGAUCAUGUUUCUAAUAAACAAGCUAGUUCUUUCUCUAAUUCAGAAACUAUUCUUCAAGUGGCUGAACAAAUCACUCUUCUUGCAAAUGGAUCCAAAAAGAAUGAAGUUUCUGAGGAACAUGCUUCAACUUCUACAUCCAGUUGCCACAUGGAACUUUGGAAGUGAACAUUAUAUUACAUAUAUAUAGUUACUUUGAUGAUGAAUGAUGAUGCAUAAUAUAUAGUAUUUGGAAGAAGAAGAAGAAGAAGAAGAAGAAAAAAAAGGACUUAUAUUGCUCCUAAGUUGUUGGUGUACAUAAUAAAACUCAUCCCAUCACAUAUAUUUUUAUAUCUUAUAGUUCUGUUCAUAUAUAUGAACCUGGAGUCUGGAGUAUAUAGACCAAAUGUAUUAUUCUUAUUAUAAUACUAGGCAAUAUUCUAUGAUCAGUUACAAGAAAUUUGCCUAUAUAUAUAUAUAUAACAAUAAAUCAGGACUUCAAUGUCAACAUUAUAGGAUAUGUUUAUUACAGUUUAAUUUGUUUUUAAAAUUGAAGUUUGAGUUGUACUCAAGGCCAAUUACAGGAAUAUAUGGUCUUGGACUCUUGGUAUUCACAUGUUUGAUUGUUGGUACUCUUUGUAUACUUUUCUCUUUUUAAGUGUAAGAUUGGAUGUUGAGAUUAGAAAUCUAAAACAAGAUUGCAUUUCAUAUGUAUGUUCAUU